CGAGGAUCCAAGAAAUUUUGAUUCUUUGUACUUCAAGAAUGAGAGAGCAAUUGAGUACAACUUAAACGACAAGCUAAGUAGAGGACUACGACUAGACGAACUACAAGAACUAAGAAAAAGAUGGCUGAAGCAGACGUGGCAUCUGCAUCUUCUACCACCUCUGCGUGGGACCGGCGAUCCGUUCCUGAUGGGAUCGGGAGAGUUGCAACAUCUUCUAGUUGUUUCUCUUCCUCUUCUUCUUGUUCCAGAAAAAUUACAACUAGUACAACAAGGAGAAAGCUUAAUGUUGGCCCUACUUCUUCUUCACGGAGGACAAGAAAAACAAUCUCAAUCUGCCCUUCAUCUUCUUCACGAGCAAGAAGAACAACAAGAGGAUAUUCUGCCUCCACCAAGUUGUUCCUCGGUUCUGUAGUUGUGCCGACAGUUCUUGUGAGUGGUCUUGUGUACCAUGACCCUAGGAUGCACACCGAUGAGGACAGUCGGGAACAUGUUCUGCAAGAGUUGCGGAAUAGCAUUCUUGCAUCUCUGGAGUUUGCAUCUUCUCGAAAAGGUGCUGGUGGAAUGGUGGAUAUUGUCAGGAACCAACACAAACUCGCUCAGUCGUCGAACAUUCCUGUCGGGAAGAACAACACCUUCUGGUCGCCGUAUACGUUGUCGUUCGACAAGAAUGGAGCGGCGGCGGACUUUUCGGCGAUGAAGAAUUCUUAUGUUGACACUGACUUGUUUAUCUUGUUUAUGUUUGGACUUGGAGGCCUACGCUGUAGAUAAUUAGAAUUUUUAUUUUAAUUUUUGGAUUUAUUCUGUUACUAGUUUACUAAGUAUGUUACCUCAAGUAGUGCAAACUGCUAUUUUUAGAUUUAAAUUCUGAAAACAAGUGUAGUAACUAGAACUUGAUGUAGAUGAUGGAGAUGGAGUUGUACUAAGUAAAGCAAAAAUUCUUGUAGGUCUGUGCCUGUUGAUGGAGAUGGAGUUGUACUAACUAAAGCAAAAAUUCUUGUAGUUCUGUGCCUGUUGAUGGAGAUGGAGUUGUACUAAGUAAAGCAAAAAUUCUUGUAGUUCUGUGCCUGUUGAUGGAGAUGGAGUUGUACUAAGUAAAGCAAAAAUUCUUGUAGGUCUGUGCCUGUUGAUGGAGAUGGAGUUGUACUAAGUAAAGCAAAAAUUCUUGUAGUUCUGUGCCUUUUGAUGGAGAUGGAGCGAGUUGUACUAAAGCAAAAGUUCUUAUUCUGUGCAUGUUGUGCAUGUGCUUGUUGUGCAUCAUGUGACCACCCUCUAAUGAUCCUCUUCCUCAAACAAUGGCACAUUCCUCAAUUCUUCCGAAGAGGAGGAUUUGAUGCUAGACGCCUUGGAUCAGGAGGAUCAUUCUGAAGCAUUUUUCUCAACAUCUGCUUCUAGUGGUGCAACAUCUGCUUCUUCUAGUGGUGCAACUGCUUCUUCUAGUGCAACUACUGCACGCGACCUUCUCGGGAUUUCAGCGGUGAACGUGGUGGAAAUCCAGGAGAAGCUCAUGCGGCAUUGGAGGAAUACAAGUAUGCGAUCUUGGGAUUUGUUACGCAACGAGACGCUGAAUAUCUCGGAACUUCCGCUUGAUGCGAGAAUGGCGCAUAAUGCGAGUAAUCACAUUAGGGGACUUUAUAAUCUUCUUUUUUCGUUGAUCUUGAUGUUGUUCCUAGCAACAAGUUUUUAGGUUUAUGUUGUUCUUCGUAGUACUAUGUAUUCAAUAGUGACAACUUUGUGAACACUUGUUCUGCCACGACAGAAGACAUCAACACUACCACGACAGAAAACCGUCACACUUUCCUCCACGCAAAAUCAAUUUAUGAUAUGUCGCCCCCUAGAAUUUGUUCUCUCUAUCCGUGUCGAAUCUCUGUGUUGCUUGCGCUUGCGCGUUAUCCUUGUCGGGGUGCCUGGCUUUUGCUUGAAUGAAAUAUAAAACAAAAAAGUAAGGUGUUGAACGCUUGUUCUACCACGACAGAAAACAACACUUGUUCUUAAAAAGCAGUAGAGUCUAGCACUAGAGCACUAGCACAUACAACUUGUCUUCUCUCUGUCGCUAUAGUGAGCAACAAAGCCGCUGCGGAAAAAACGGCUAGUGCACUGGCUCAUCUAUAGACAACAUACUUAUCGUAUUCGAGAGAAUUUCAAGAUUCUGGUCUUCCUCGGUCUGAAUCAUCAUUGUUCCAUCUACGACACGGACACACCACGGGGGACAUCACACUCAAGCUCAACACGUACGUUGUUUUUAUUCCAUCUAAUGCCCCUCACGAUCCGGCUACGGAUUAUUGCGAGUUUUUCUUCGGAACGCAUCCUGGGCAGCGUGUGAAGGUGGAGGGACCUGACGUCUGGCCAUGCAAGAUUGUUUCAGGGCACUGGGGAACGACAGCGAAAGUGGCCCGAAAGAGCGUCUACUUUUAUGAAGAAAAUAUAAGAUAAAGAUGUAGUUAUCUGCAAACGUGGCAGAAGUUGGUUGUUAUAAGAACAUCAUGUUGUCUCCGUCUCGUUUAUACGACGACCAACAUAAGUACUUAUUUAUUAGUAGAUGGUUCGGGUCAAAACUAUGAUGAAAAAGAAGUUACCCUCUUCAACUGACCAAAUCUUUACCUAGUAAGGCGCCAGCGCAGUCGUGAGAAGAUCCAACGUUUCUGGGGAAGAAUAUCCACGGAUAGCCAAGGAAUUUUUCCACUUGCCAGUGCUCACACGAUGUCCAUAUCGCAAGUUAGGACCUCCAGGAUCCCGCUUGCUCUGCGCGUUUGGGUUGAGUUCUUUUAUUUGAUGAUGAGCAAACUCUUAUUUGAUGAUGAGAAUAAUGCAAAGACCCGGACCUAGAUCAAAUUCAAAUCAAUUACCGCAAAAAAUACAACAGGUUCCAGAUCAUAUCCGCAUGUACCUGAAAAUUUUUUGAGUUUUUUUAGAAAUAAGUAGUUUUGGUCGUCAUAAGUAUAGCUAUUCUUUUUUCUGUCUCAAUCCAUCGAUUCUGUAUGUACAUAAAAUAGGUUUUUGAAGUGUUCCUACUCAGGUACACAAGCAGCACCAACCUGGAAUUAUAGGACGUGGUACCCUGCUACUGCAUCAUAGUUCCCACCUAUUUAGAGUGUUUUUUUGGGCCUCGGCGAAGAGUGUCGGGCGCCAGAAGCGUUAUCACCUAUCUGUCGGGCGCCAGAAGUCUUAUCAAAUGGGGCCCCUGAAAACAAGGACCCCCCUCAGGCACCCCCUCCAACUGACCCCUUCAGCCGCUCGCGCGUCUGCGGCUCUCGGUCGGCUCCUCGCCUCCUUGGAUCUUGAGCGGAUAAGUUUGCAGGGAGGGCCGGCUUGGCCAUCGCAAGGUGGAAAGCCCCAGGGUCGCAGUGCUCCAUGUCGUGCUUUUCUGAAAAAUUCAAAAAAACGAUAGUGCUAACGUUUUUUCUCGCGAUGCCUGCUACUGCGUCAUAGUUCCUAUUUCUCGUCCUCUAAUUGCAAAACGCUCUGCGUGCGGGCUAUGAGGGUCGUGGCAGACAAUUCGCGUAUGAUGGCGAUCCGGCCCGUCGUGUCUACCCACCACAAAACUUGACUCACGCUCUCCUUGUCAGAAACCGUUCUGACGAGGACGAUGUCUCGACCAAGACGUUCACGACCACAGUGGUUGACGUGCUCACUUUGAGUGAUGAUCAGGCGGUGAAGUUAUGACAACUUAGUCAGUGUAGUUAAUAAUGUAAGUUUCAUUGAUGAAAUUUUGCUUCUAGUACUCUGUUGUACUCAGCGUGUUCUUCAGCACUCUGAGUCGAACGAAUGAACUUCUUCCUCAGGAAUUCAGAUCUACUUAUUCAGUAGUAAUUCAGACUGUAGAUAUCUUUCACAUUCAGCAGAGUCAGAGAGAACAAACACUCGCGUCCACCCUUCUAAUAGUAGCUUUUCUUGCUGGUGGAAACGCCGAAGCCGGUAGACAUUUGGAUUUCAUGCAAGCUGCAGCGGAGCAUGUGCCUGCGAGCUGGGACCUGGGGAAUCGUGCACAAAGGAGCUACUUUUUUUAAGGCUACUAGUCAAUGAGUCCUCACAACUAUCAAUCUGGCAUGGACAUGGACCAUGUUAUGAUAUAUUUUGUUGUUUAGAUUGCCCUUGUUAUGAAAGAUGAACAUCUUAUUUGAAUUAUUUUGUUUUGGAUUCAUUUGAAGAGGGAACAAAAGGGGAACCCAAUAAUUCCAAUCGACCAAUAUUUUCCACAACACCUACUUGUACGAUAGCGAUAAUUGACUGCGAAGUCUUCUAAUUUUUUCACAACAUCCUGUACCAGUGCAAGGGACCGAUGGGUCGGUUCGAAGGACGCAAACCCUUUGUUUUCAAGGAAGACCGGGAGUGGGGUAUAGGAAUCAAAUUUCAAGUUAUGGUGCGUCUGUUGAUAUCAUGUUCUUGAAGAUUUAUUAUACGCCCGAGGAGCAUAGGUUUUUUCCUAACUAGGCUCACUCCACGUAGCCUACGCCAACAUAGGUUCGAUAUCUAUGAAUCGAAGAAUUCAGAUUUUGUUACACAACCAAGUAAGUUACAGUUGUGAAGAUCACAGACAUGGGACCCAGAAACAAAUGAAUUACCGUGAUGGCGCGUUGAUUUCAGACGAGACUGAGAUCAUUUUCCUCUAAGCAAGAGGGCGAAACCGACAUCAGCGACAUUCGCAAGCGCUACUUGUGUGACUGGGAAGAUGAAUGUCAAGGCGUAAGCAUUAUGGACACGAAGUGUGACAAUUCCAACGUCUGGAGCGCGCGUCGUAAUGCCGUGGUGAUGCAGCGGCUCGCGAAGUUUCCAGCAUUUUACUACGAUUAUGAUAGCCGGUUACUACUUAUAUAUAAGUUUCUUCUGUCGUGACUGCGAUCUUGAUCCUGCUGUUGUACAACUCGUACGAGAAGAUGAUUAAGAUGAACAUGACAUACAACCCAGCUCCCUCACGACGACCCUCUAUUACGAAAAUAGAGAAACCUGCUAAUCUGGCUCAACAUUCCUCUCCCGUGGUUCUUCUAACCUCCUCGGCGUCGAUACCAGUCCUUCAUGCCCUUCCACCAGGCGUUGAGUACCACUUUGCCGGAUGGCAAUGGCGAAACGUACGAAAUCGAUCUUCCCUACGAAAUCGUUCAAGUGCGCAUGCCGAUCAUUGAGAUCUGCAACCUAUCGACCAAUCGCAGACAAGGCUUUCAAAUGCCUUAUAUUUAUGGAUGGAAAGAAAUUGAAAUUGAAUUUUGUUUUCUCUACAGUCUUACUUUCAGUGCUGAUGAUCAUGAGUUGGAGAAUCAUGAUGCAUUAGCAUUACAAAGAUAGGGCCAGGAUGGAGUUGAAUGAUCAAACAGAUGAAGAUACAGAUAGUCAUGAUAUCUGUCACUGUCAGUAGCUAUUGCUUUUUUUCUUGGACGAUACAUAUUAUCCAUCGCUCCCUGUAGUUUUUUCGGGAUAGUACUAUGAUGGGACGCGCUCCGGUUCAGGUUUUUUACCUCUAGGUAUAGUCUUCACUCAUUUCUAGCACUGUUCUCUCCGCUUCAAAGCUUAUUAUCCAUCGAUGCCUUCCUUUAGUUUUCUUUUUCUCUUGGACAAUAUUAUCCAUCGAUCCGUAGUCUAUUUCCUCGGAAGCACCGACCAACAUCUCCCAGUCUAUUUCCUCGGAAGCACCGACCAACAUCUCCCAGUGUAUUUCCUCGGAAGCACCGACCAACACCUCACCAUGCCUUCCUUUAGUCUAUCUCCUCCUCUUCUAAACUGCGACACUCCGUUAUCGUCCGAAGAGUGCUUACUUACCGGAAAACUGCAAGACCACUUACCAGCACUGCCGUGACUUGACAAGGAGUUGCUAUUGCUUGACCCGACCGCACGCACAUGGACUCCAUAGCGCGACUUUGCCUUACUGCACUGAAUCUCUCAACGUUAAGGCUCAAACUUCUAAUUCAUCUUCCUAGUUCAUGUGAGUCAGUUGCCUACAACAACUUGGAUUCUGGGACUCGGACUCCUGCGAGCUCAGAUGAAUAUGAAUCAGAUUCUUGUGAGCCGCGCUAACAACGGUAACGGAGGAUAUUCCGAGGAUGGGUUUUUGCGUAUGGAGGACAAAGUGCCAUGUAUAGGACCCAUUGAGCUUCUUGCUGCAUCCUGGGAGAAACAAAGCCGCGUCAUGCUCAGGACUUUGUUUUUAUGGCCAGAUUGUAGAGUGUGUCUGUCUCUGUGUUUGUGUGUUUUUAUGACCAGAUUGUAGAGUGUGUCUGUGUUUCUUUGUGUGAGGUAGCGUGAUCAUCUUUGUUUUUAUGACCAGCUUGUAGAGUGUGUCUGUGUUUCUUUGUGUGAGGUAGCGUGAUCAUUAGGUUCGCGUUGUCAAAGUCAAACGCAGUUGUGGCAUAGCAAAAAUCAGUAGCAUGAAGAAGCAGUCAAGCACAAUACUCGGUUGCUAAAAUAUUCUUGUUCCCUGCAAAAGAACAACUCCUCCAAAGAUACUCCUUCCACCACUCCACCACUCCACCUCCUGGGAUCAUUCUCUAAUCCUCGAUUCCUAUUGGAAUCAUAUGGAGUCUUCGAAGGGCGAGAGCUUCUGUGACAAACCACUAAGCACGAUCUUCGUCGUCGAUUGGAUGGUCGACCAUCGCUACCAGCUGAAACACCUGUUGGAUAUCACGUUUGGCUUCAUCUACCGCACGAAACCGGUUUACACGUUUUAUUAUGAACAAUAGAUUGGUGCUGAUUGUACUAGUCCUAGUUCUACUGUUACUUAGUUUAUUGUUAACUUCUGAAAAGGUGAGGAUUUGUUCCCUCUCUGUUUCCGCACCAGCAUCCCUUCUUCCUCUCCACCUGCUUCUAACCUCCCGGCGCCAUGAUCCCGUUUGUGAUGGGCUAUUACCGUGAUCAGUGGGGCAUCGAACUCGAGGCUGCUGGUGCAGCGGCUCUCCUGAUGAACGAAGAGGGAGAUGCGGUUGAUAUGCUGAAGAAGAAAGGUCUCAUGAGCGCCUGGGCUGAAAGGAAUGGACCUGUCAUGAAGCCAGAUGGAGAAGAGGAUGCAGGUACUUGAUGAACAAAUUAUACCCUGUCUGAGUCUGAGGAUGCAGGUACUUGAUGAACAAAUUAUACCUUGUCUGAGGAUGCAGGUACAACUUGAUGAACAAAUACCUUGUCUGAGGAUGCAGGUACUUGAUGAAGAAAUACCUCGAUUUGAUUUAUAGUAGGAACACCAUUAAUAGAAGUAGAAGCAGACCACGGAGAUGAAGACUUACUGACUCUAUAGGACUACGUGGGUGGGUGCUUCAAGAACAAAAAAACCUCCAAACCAACAGAUCGCCUUCGCGAGGAAGAAGUGGAGACGCACUUGCGCAUCCCGCCUGAGUGGAAGUGGGAGAAGCAGGUGUCGCCUCACUUUGAACAAAUCUACUAAAAGAUGAUUAUCGGUUUCUUGAUUAGAAGUGGGGGGUGAGCCGGAGUCCACACAAAGAUGAAGCAGGUGGAAGUAGAAGUGGACAUAUUUUUGUACAAACUUGACAGGGCAUGAAAGAACUCACGAAACGGGAAAUUGAAAGCAGGCAUUCCCUUAACAACUAGCUACUAGAUCUUUGUCUUUCAUCAUCUCGUUAUGUUCGAAAUUAACACCAAAGACAUCAUUAAUGAAGUAACGCAAACUAAAAUUAAAAACUCAUUGUUCGCAAACGCAAUCCAUCGCAUUCAAAUAUCAGAGCAAUACAAACUAGAGCUCGACGUCGUCGUGGGAAAAAUUAUCAAUUUUACCAGCAGCCAGUAUUCAGAAGGAGAUUAAUCGCUUAAUAGCAGAGCUGCUGAUGUACGGUUCUAAUCUACUUCUAUUUUUUCAACAAGUCAAAAGGCUGACUGGAGAUGGGUUUAUUGAUCUAUCAAGCGCAAAAAAUAGAUAUUGGUGCCGACCACGCAUAUCUUUCUCUUUCCGUAACAUGAAAGAGGACAUGAUUUUAAUUCAUGAAAAUUCAAACUGUAACUGUAUUCGUAAUAGAAUGUGCAUCCAACUACAAAAAUAUUGUAAAAAAAUGAUCCACCUAUCAUCAUAAGCGAUGUAGUAGUGUACAGAAAAAACCAUGCAUUUAGAUUGAUUGGAUAUUAGUUGUAUAAAUUAAUAAUACUCAGGCUCAGCGUAAGUAACUGUAAUACAUAGUUAUUUGGUCUAGAUGUAGAUUCAUAUUUUCAGCAGGAGCCGAAAGUAAGAUUAUCACUGCAGCGACCGUCUUCUUCAACUGUACACGUUUUUUCGAAAUUGCGACGUGCUCUGAACGUGAUUACGAGCGACGAAUAGGCAGCAGCAUUUUUAAAUCGGCGCGACCGCACCGUGUCGAACGUUUGAAAAAACAAAAUGAAAGGCAAGCAGAAAGUAGCCAAGACUAUUCUAAGCUCUAGAAAAGAGGAGUAGA